CUUCGACCACUGUUUCUGGUCCAUGGAUGAGUCCAACGUUCCCAAAUAUGCUGGUCAAGAGGUGGUGUUCAAGUGCCUUGGAGAGGGAAUACUUGAAAAUGCAUUCCAGGGAUAUAAUGCCUGCAUAUUUGCCUAUGGACAAACAGGUUCAGGCAAGUCCUUUUCCAUGAUGGGGAAUGGGGAUCAGCCGGGUUUAAUCCCUCGACUCUGCUGCUCGCUGUUUGAGAGGGUCCACAGAGAAGAGAAUGAGGGCCAUACUUUUAAGGUGGAGGUGUCCUACAUGGAGAUCUACAACGAGAAGGUCCGUGACCUGCUCGAUCCCAAAGGGAGCCGACAGUCCCUAAAAGUUCGGGAACACAAAGUCCUGGGUCCGUACGUGGACGGUCUGUCCCAGCUGGCUGUGACCAGCUUCGAGGACAUUGAGGUGUUAAUGUCAGAGGGGAACAAAUCUCGCACCGUGGCGGCCACCAACAUGAACGAGGAGAGCAGCCGAUCACACGGCGUCUUCAGCAUCAUCGUCACACAAACGCUGUAUGAUCUCCAGUCCGGGAAUUCAGGGGAGAAAGUGAGCAAGAUGAGUCUGGUUGACCUGGCAGGCAGCGAGCGCGUGUCCAAGACUGGAGCGGCUGGAGAGAGACUCAAAGAGGGCAGCAACAUCAACAAGUCUCUGACCACGUUGGGCUGUGUGAUUUCUGCUCUGGCUGACCAGUCGGCAGGAAAGGGGAAGGCCAAGUUUGUUCCGUACAGAGACUCAGUCCUCACCUGGCUACUGAAGGAUAACCUCGGAGGGAACAGCAAGACGGCCAUGAUCGCCACCGUGAGUCCAGCAGCUGAUAACUACGAGGAGACUCUGUCCACACUGCGCUACGCCGACAGAGCCAAGAGGAUCGUCAACCACGCCGUGGUCAACGAAGACCCCAACGCUCGCAUCAUCAGAGAGCUCAGGGAGGAGGUGGAGAAGCUCCGAGUCCAGCUCUCUCAGGCCGAGUCUCUGAAGGCUCCUGAGCUGAAGGAGAAGCUGCAGGAGUCUGAGAAACUCAUCCAGGAGAUGACCGUCACCUGGGAGGAGAAACUGAGGAAGACGGAGGAGAUCGCCACUGAGCGCCAGAAGCAGCUGGAGAGCAUGGGCAUCUCUCUGGAGUCAUCAGGGAUUAAAGUGGGUGACGACAAGUGUUUCCUGGUCAACCUGAACGCUGACCCCGCCCUCAACGAGCUGCUGGUCUACUACCUGAAGGAGCACACCCGUGUGGGGGCGGACACGUCUCAAGACAUCCAGCUCUUUGGGAUCGGGAUCCAGCCGGAGCACUGCGUCCUGGAGCUGUGCCCAGACGGUGAUGUCACCCUGAUGCCAGUCGGGAACGCCAGGACCUGUGUGAACGGAACAAUGAUCGAUUCCUUGGUGCACCUGUGGCACGGAGAUCGGAUCUUAUGGGGCAAUAAUCACUUCUUCAGGAUUAAUCUGCCUCAGCGGAAGCGGCGGGACCGCUUAAAGGAUCUGGACAGAGCUUCUCCCAGAGAGAGCUUCAUGGAGGCGGACGUGGAGACGGCCAGCGAGGCGUCUUCUGAGCAGGACUACAGCUACGAGUUUGCUCAGAUGGAGGUUAUAAUGAAGACUCUGGGGAACAAUGACCCCAUGCAGAAUGUUGUCCAGGUGCUGGAGAAGCAGUACCUGGAGGAGAAGCGGACGGCUCUGGAGGAGCAGCGGGUGAUGUAUGAGCGAGAGCUGGAGUCGCUACGGCAACAGCUGUCUCCUGAAAAAACGCCACAGCACCACCGCAGCAGCAGCGAGCGCCUCACGUUCCCGACGCACACGCCCCACAGCAAGCUGCGACUGUGGACGGAGGAGCGGGAUGAGCUUUUCCGUCAGAGCCUGUCUCGACUCAGGGAGCAGGUUGUGAAAGCCAACACCUUGGUGCGAGAAGCCAACUUUUUGUCGGAGGAGAUGAACAAACUGACCGACUAUCAGGUCACGCUUCAGAUUCCUGCAGCCAACCUCAGCGCCAACCGCAAGCGUGGAGCAAUAGUGAGCGAGCCAGCCAUUCAGGUGCGGAGGAAAGGGAAGGGGACGCAGGUGUGGACCAUUGAGAAGCUGGAAAACAAACUGGUGGACAUGAGAGACCACUACAGGGACUGGAAGGAAGGCACAGAGGAGACGUAUAACAAGGCCAACAGUAAACACUGUGACCCGUUCUAUGAGGCCCAAGAGAACCACAACCUAAUUGGAGUAGCCAACAUUUUUCUGGAGUGCCUUUUCCAUGACGUCAAACUGCAAUAUGCGGUCCCCAUCAUCAGCCAGCAGGGAGAGGUGGCAGGCAGGUUGCACAUUGAGCUGAUGCGAGUGAGUGGAGCUGUACCAGAGCGGCUGUCUGGUGGAGACGACUCGUCAGAGAACUCCAGUGAGAGCAGCUGCUACGAGGUGAUGGACACCAACGGGGAGAUCGUGCACAUGGCCAAGAGGCUCACCUGCAGGGUGCGGGUCAGGGAGGCUACCGGUCUGCCACUCAACCUGUCCAACUUCGUCUUCUGCCAGUACACCUUCUGGGAGCACGGGGAGCCCACUGUGGCUCCUCCCAUGGUCAGCCCAGACAGACCCUCCCCUCGGAGCCCGGAUGCCCAGUUUACUGUCCAGUUUGAUCACUGCAAGGACUACGUUGUGCAUGUGACGGAUGACUUUGUGGAGUUUAUAUCAGACGGAGCGUUGGCCAUAGAGGUGUGGGGUCACCGCUGUGCUGGGAACGGGCGCUCACCGUGGGAGUUAGACGCACUGGAGGCCAAGACCCAGACGCUCCGAGACAGGUGGAGCGAGGUGUCUCGCAGGAUCGAACUGGUGAUCUCGAUCCAGGAGCUGAAUGAGCAGGGAGAGUACUCGUCUGUGGAGCUGCAUCCUGGAAAAGACAUCAGCACAGGAGGAGUCUUCCAACUCCGCCAGGGUCACUCCAGGAGGCUGCAGGUGUGUGUGAAGCCGGUCCAGAACUCCGGCACUCUGCCUCUGCUGGUGGAGGCGCUGCUGUCUGUCUCCAUCGGCUGUGUGUCUGCUCGCUCCACCAAGCUGCAGAGACCACUAGACAGCUACCAGAGAGAGGAGGAAGACGAUAUGGAUAGUUAUCAGGAGGAAGAUCUCAACUGUGUUCGAGAGCGCUGGUCAGACGCCCUGAUCAAACGCCGGGAGUAUCUUGAUGAACAAAUUAAGAAAAUCAUCCACAAGCAAGAGAAGUCAGAGGAGGAUAUAGAGCGUGAAGCCCGGCUGGUGGAGCAGUGGGUCGGCCUGACUGAAGAGAGGAACGCAGUGCUGGUACCUGCACCCAGCAGCGGCAUACCUGGAGCUCCUGCAGACUGGAGCCCACCUGCAGGAAUGGAAGCCCACAUCCCUGUUCUCUUCCUGGAUUUGAAUGCUGAUAAUCUGACAGUAAAUGAGCAGCUGAGCGGCCCGCACGCUGCAGGCGUUAACUCCAUCCUGCCCAAGGAGCACGGCAGCCAGUUCUUCUACCUGCCCAUCAUCAGGCACAGUGAUGAGGAGGUGUCGGCAGCGUGUUCCUGGGACUCGUCCAUCCAUGAUUCGGUGCACCUCAACCGCAUCACAUCUCCUAACGAACGCAUUUACCUGAUCAUCAAAGCCACGGUGCAGCUCAGCCACCCGGCCUGCAUGGAGCUGGUGCUGCGCAAGAGGAUCGCUGUCAACAUCUACAACAAACAGAGUUUCACUCAGAGUCUGAAGAGAAGAAUGUCCCUAAAGAAUACUCUUUAUUCCUGCGGUGUGACUUACGAGAUCGUUUCAAACAUACCAAAGGCCUCAGAGGAGCCGGAGGAGAGGGAGACUCUGGCGCUCAUGGCUGCUCGCGGAGACAGCGAGGAGACUCAGGACGGAGAAACCUACAUAGAGAAAUACACAAGGGGGGUUCUGGAGGUGGAGAACAUCCUCAGUCUGGAGAGACUACGACAGGCUGUGACAGUGAAGGAGGCGCUCAGUACGAAGGGGAGACACCUCAGAAGGAGUAUCAGCACACCAAAUUCUUCAUGUAGUAAAAUCGACCUGACAGGCUGUGAGGAUGAAGACUGUAAGGACCACUGUGAUCAUGCUGACAGCACCAGCUGUAAUCCCCUGGAGGGCUCGCUGUGUACCACUCCCAUCAAAAGCAAAGAGAAUCCAGGUUUGGUUCCAGAUAGCCCUACGUUCUUCAACUCCAGCCCCUUCAAAGUCCUCUCCCCUCAGCCACCCAAGUUCCUCAAGUCCCUGCUGCCUGUCAAAGAGGAGAACAAGGCCAAGAAAGUGCUGGAGGCGCGGCCGCUACUGGGACAAGAGCAGGACUCUGAGGACGAGGAACCCGAUCUGGGCAUGAGUCUGAAUCUGGAUCGGGGCCCUCAGGACCACAGCAGCUUCCAGCCUUACAUCCCGGAGGACUUUGCAAACUUUGAGAGCUACAACGCCACUCUGGAGACCCAGGAGGGGUUUCUGUGCUCCCGCUCAGACUUGAAGGGAAGCCGCUGUGGAGGUGGGAGCGGAGAGAGGGAGGUGCCUCGGAGCCCCACGGCCAGCAGCUGCACUAGCGGCUACUUUUCACACAGUGCCUCCAACGCUACGCUGUCUGACAUGCCUUUCAGCGCCAGCGAGAGCUCGGACCACCUCAGCUGCACCUCCAGAGACCCCAGUGACCCUGCUGGAAGAGGCUGCACUCAAACCAAAAGUGUUUCUGCAGGGAGGGACAGCCAGCAGCCUCCUCUCUCAGCAGGAGGAGCUCAGGAGCUAAUCCCCCCCGCCUCCUCGCCUGUCAGCAUCCCAAACUGCAGAGACAAGCAGCAAACAUUCCCUCUGCCUCAAAACUGUGUCCUCAGUGCCAGCCAGGAGUUCACUGACUUUAAAGGGGCUGAUGACAGUAUUGGAGACAGUGAUUUAGCACAUUUUACAGAAGGAUGGGAGCAGGAAGCUUUGGAUAAAGACACAUGUGACACUAACAAUCAACACUCCUCUGCUGCCUCAAACACAUCUGCUGCAGAAGACUCUUCAUCUGCUGCAUGCAAAUGUCCAAAUACUCCAGGCUCUGUUGGGGUAGCUGUGUCCUGCCUUCACACAGCUGCAGUUUGCACUUCAGGCAGAGCCCCAGUAUCGCUGCCUGACAAAACUCCACCUCCAGCAUCCCCAUCUCCAUCCCCAGCCACACCUUUAUAUACAGUCCCCUCCACUGCCCCGACCCCGCGAGCUGGAGGAGAACCUCCCAUCCAGGAGCCGGCUCAGGGAGACCUGCCCCACGGGAGUCCCUGUCCCAGCCCCAACCCCAGCAGCGCUGAGCCGUCUGGAGACUCCAGCGGAGAUGAGAGCACUCCUGUAGCCCAGCUCCCGGACUGGAUGGCCCCGGGGGAGCAGGUCUGGGUCGGGAAGAGGAGAGGAACGGUCCACUAUGUUGGAGGGGUGGAGUUCGCUAAGGGCAUCUGGAUUGGUGUGAAGCUCGACAUGGCAGUGGGGAAGCACAACGGGACCGUCCAGGGCAGGGUGUACUUCCGCUGCCCUCCAGGUCACGGUGUGUUUGUGAAGCCGUCUCGUCUCACCAGAGGACCACCCUCCAUGGACACAGAACCCCAGACCCUGAUCAGAUAGGACCCAAAGAAGGACCAGCUUUCUAAGGACCAGCAGGGCCCCACAGGGGGUCCUCAGAUCCAGUGCCUCUGGGUGAACCGCGGGCUGGUUUCAGCGCGUGUUUUCUGUCGGUGUGUCUGCUUUACUUAAGCAUAUCUGACCUGUGCAUUUAAUGAAGGUAUAUCCUAAUUACUGUUCACUGAAAAUUCACUAUGCACAUAUCUGAGUUUUCUAUAUGGUGAUAUUUUUGAUAGAGAACUUCACUUUUAACUGGGAGUCCAUAUUGAAAUAUUACCCGCAUACAUUUUCUUACAUUGGUUUCUGAACAUUAUAUAUGAUAUUUUUGUAAGACAAUGCAUCCUCCCUGAGGCUCAUAGUGGAGUUAUCUGGGAUAUGAAGAUUAAGAAUGUACUACUGUUAUUAAACAUUGAUAUCUGCAUCAAUAUGAUCUGUCAGGGGUAACCAAAGAACUACGGUUCCAUAUCUGCUGUUAUGAUGUUAUUUUUUUAAUGUAUGUGGAGGUAAACACUAUAUAUCUAUGUGUCCAAGUAAAGCUUAGUGCCAUAUCUCUAGGAGUAAUGCCACAUACCCUGAACAGAGGACAAACCUGCUAAACCUGAGUUGCUUUCAGUGUUUGACUGCAGUUAUCAUGUUAAAUUAUCCUGUUGAAGUACUGUAACACUGUGGAGGAAAUAAUCCCCAUCCAGCAUGAGACUGUUGCUGUUUGAAAGCUUGCACUGGAAAGGAUUCUUGGAGAGUUCGCCGACUGUCUUCCAUAUUGGACUGAUGAGAUAUUUUUUAACUGAAGUGACUGAGAAACCAUCACUUUAAUCUGGGGAACAAAGCAGCUGGGCUUUGUCCAAGGCCUGGAUGUACUGAUGCCUUAAUGCCCUGUUCCCAUAAAGGCCGGCACAUAAAGCCCCGACCACUCAAUGAACUGGAGAACAAGUUCAAAGAGUUUCAAACUAACUAUAUGGACCUGAAACCUGUGUGUGUGUGUGUGUAUGUACAUCAUGAUGCCCAGAUGCAUUCAAAAUGCCACCUAGCCUCUGAAUACCUUUUUUAACUGAUUGUCCAUCUGCAUUUUAUAUUUUAACUGACUGGUAUAUCACUACAUGUUAAAAGGUACUCAAUAAUGCAUUUUUUUUUCACAUGGAGGAUUGGAUGGAUGGCAAGAAGACGGCACAAAAGUAGUUUAGUCCUGAAGAAGAGCUGUCCUUACGUCUUUAUGGAAGUGGUGAACUGUGGAACUGACUAGAUAUAGUUAUAUAUCCAAGCUGUAAUUUCAAGUAAAUGAAACAAACCCAAGACCUUACUUUAAAGAAGAGAACAAAGCUGCUCUCCCUCAUAAGGAGUUGUAAAUAGAAAUGUAUUUGAACAUAGUAUUUACACUAUUAUAAUGUACAGAAUUGUAUUUAUAAUGUAUCGCAAACUGUUUUAAUUGGUACAAAAUGUUCUAGAAUAGAACAUUUACAAUCAG